CUCUCCUGCAGCGCAAGGCACGCGAAUUCUACUACAAUGACGACCUUGUCGCCCAUUAUGCGGCCGCUCGGCUGCUUAAGGUCCUUUGUGAGAACCCAGGCCUGGAUGCAGCCACGGAUCAGUCGGCGAUGCAUCUCUACACCAUAUACUCCGAAGCCAGAGCCAGUCGCACUUCCUGCGAAACUACCCCCACAGUUUUACUCGCAAUUACCUGAAAGAUUGAGGCCUGAUCAAGCGCCGAAGAAGCUCAAAGUCUACCCACCACCCCCGUCAACACGAACCGUCUGCAAAGACCCUAUUGCAGCAGUCACAGAGUCUCAGCUGCAAGUACUGGACCCAACGGGCGAGCGCAAGGCGCUUUUCGACUACCGGAGAAACCCGCGAAGUGUGAAGCAGGGCGAUAUCGUCCGGGUGACGUUCAAGAACGGAGACCCGUUUGCAGGUGUUUGCCUGAACAUUCGGCUGCGAGGCAUUGACACGGCUUUCCUAUUACGGAAUGAACUUACGAGGGUUGGUGUUGAGAUGUGGGUUAAAGUUUUCAGCCCCAAUGUCGAAAGCGUGGAGAUCGUGCAGAGAACAGAGAAGAGGAAGAGGAGAGCGAGGUUAUACUACAUGAGAAAACCCAAGCACGAUAUGGGAAGCGUGGAAAAUAUCGUGUCCAACUACCUCCGGCGGAAGUCUAUUCUUAUGGGUCAAGCUGCAUCGAGGCAAAAAGCAAACGCGAAGCGGUGAUUCAGUUGAUUAUGAGUCUGUUCGGUUUCUGUUAAGUUACACUGCUUUUUGAUUAAAAACUACCUACCACCUGUAUAGUAGUAACGGAAUAAACCCUUGACAACAUGGUAACCUGCUGUGCCUUCAUUCAUUCUUCUCCAAAAUCCCCAAACAGGAUCAAACA